GCUCUUCAGAGCACUUCUGGUGGUGAGGAUGAGGAGCUUGCCAAGCAGACUCAGGCCGAUAUUGACGCCAUUCACGCUGCUUACACCAAGAACUCCAAGGUCGCCGUCAAGUACAUGGUCGAUCGUGUCUUGGAUGUCACCCCUGAGCUUAGCAGAAUCCAGGUCGAUGUCCUUUCCAUGUAA